AUGACGAAGUACGUCACGCUCUCCGUCCGGGACGAAGAGUACCGCGAGAUCACCCGCACCAUGCGCACGACCGACAAGCUGCACACCCUCAUCGAUUUCUACUACGACAUGGUGCCCGCCGUCGCGUACGGCGAGGGGGCCUUCCUGCACCGCGGCGAGCCGGUCGACAGGAUGAAGACGCCGGCGGACUACGGGAUGCGCGAUAGGGACGAGCUCGCCUUCUCGUCGCAGAUCGACUCGAGCACGUUCCUCACGCUGACCGUGCGGGAAGAGGAAGGGCUCGGGUCCUUCUCCCUCACCUUGCGAACGACCGACCAGCUGCGGGACCUGAUGGACUUCUGCUACGAGAUGGUGCCCACCGUCGACUACGGCGACGGGGUCUUCCUGUUCAACGGCAGGCGGGUUAAAGGCCACCGGACUCCGGAGGAGCUCGGUAUGGUGGAUGGCGAUUGGAUCGGUGUUACUUUCAGAGUUCGUUACUGA